UUCAAGCGUUUAUAAGCCAAGCAGACGUCGCUCUUCCUCACCCACAAGCACAAGACAACCCAAUCCCGUUUGAUCGAUCCGAAGGCUAAUCAACAUGGCAGGGUGUGGCUCUCCCUGUGGAGCUUGCAAGUUCCUAAGGAGGAAGUGCCUCAGUGGCUGCGUCUUCGCCCCCCACUUCUGCCAUGAGAAGGGCGCGGCUCACUUCGCGGCAAUCCACAAGGUGUUCGGGGCGAGCAACGCGUCCAAGCUCCUCAUGCACCUCCCUCCCGCCGACCGAUCCGAGGCCGCCGUCACCAUCUCGUACGAGGCACAAGCGAGGCUUUUGGACCCCGUUUACGGCUGCGUCGCCCAAAUCUUUGCCCUCCAGCGACAAGUUGUUCUUCUGCAAGCUCAGCUAGCCUCUCUGAAAGCCCAAGCUCAAUUGGCACUUGGAAAUGGCACGACGUCGCCUGGAGAAGGGAUCGCGCCACCUGCUUACGCAUCAAUCUUCUCGACGAACGAUUGGCUUGCGGAUUGCAACAGCUGCCGGUCCUCUCACGACUGCAACUCCCAUUUUGCCAUGGUGGAGGACGAGGCCAUGGUGUUCAGGAUUCAGAGUGAGGAUGCUCCUCGUUCCAUGGCAUCUCUCGACGUGCAAGCUGGUCCUUGGAGGUCGUCAGCAUCAUCGUCAUCAUCAUCAUCGUAUACUGAUGUGGAGGGCCUUCUAUCUGUAGCUUUUGCUUAUCCUGGUCGUUCAUAAGAAUGAAGAUCCAUUAUUGGAUGCCUCAUCAUUGCCCAUUCCCAAUAAUUGACAUGCAUUCAUUCAGCUAAACAUGUAAUUAGCAGAAGCUGUGGGACGACCAUUAGUUUAGUAGUAAGUAGGAAUAAAAACCUAAAGUCUAUUCAUGCACUAGCUAGUUAAGUAUUACUUUAUCUUCAGAGAUUUGCAUGAUAUGUUGCUUGCAUUAUAUGAGGCUUAAGGAUUAAACUUGUUGAUUUCAAUCAAGUGACAAGAUAAGAUCA